AGCAGGCGGGAAAUCCUCUACUAGAAUUCCAAAAUUAGUGGACCUGCUUGUAGCGUCUUCUCUGCUUCUGUUUCAGUUUUCCGAAGUGUCGCUCUGGAAGCUCAGCUUUGAUAGCCAGACUGGGAAAGAGGUCAGCCUAACACUUGGAGGAAGAGGAUGGAGGAGCUGCCAGCAGGCCAGUGUCAUUGAAUAGCAGAGCCCUUGGCAGGGAAUAAGUUGUAAGAAGACUCAAAAGGUUAAUAAUAUCGGCCUUCCCCAUAGCUAUGAAAGCACAGAUUAAGGAGGGGAGCCAUAUAAUGUACUGACCACUUGAGGAGGAAGAAGUAAAGUUUUGGCAAAGAUGGAAGAUUCUACCCAGAAACACAUAAUCCAGAUAACAGGAUUCAGAGACAAAGAGAAAGAAGAUCUAACCAAAUUGCUUUUAAAACUAGAUUGCAUUUUUAUUAAGAGUAAGCAAUACAGAAAUUGCACACAUCUCAUAGCAAAGCAUGCUUGUAAAAGUGAAAAAUAUUUAGCAGCUUGUGCAGCAGGAAAGUGGGUACUAACUAAGGACUACGUAAUUAAUAGUGCUGAAAGUGGCAGAUGGCUCGAUGAAACAACUUAUGAAUGGGGAUAUAAAAUUGAAAAAGACUCCCAUUAUUCACCUCAAAUGCAAUCUGCACCUAAAAGAUGGCGCAAAGAACUGACAAGCACUGGUGCUCCAGGGGCCUUCCACAGAUGGAAAGUUGUCCUUCUAGUUAAAGAAGGUAGUAAAGGAAGAGAUUCUCUUACAAGGGUCCUAAAUGCUGGAAAGGCCCAAGUUUUUCUACCAAAUAAUUCACCAAGUGGAAUUACUCAUGUGAUCUCCUCGGAUACAAAUCUAAGUGCAGAAGAAGCCACCUACACCUUUGCAGCUCCCUGCUACCCAGUACAGUGUCUAGUAGAUUUUCUAUUUUUUGAGAAAGAAUUUCAGAAUCAUGGAGAUGUUCAAAGGAAUUCUCUUUUAACUGAACAUUCUAAGGAAGGACGAAAAGUCACGGAUUCCAGGACUGGAAAUGAGCUUGCUGACCUGAAAAAAGCAUUAAGAAAACACAUAUGUAGAGUGGAGGCUAUGAAAUACAAUUGCAUCGAGUUAACUAAAAGUACAGGGUCCAGUACAGAGGUUAAAAACACUGAACUUCCCAGAAAUGUAUGUAAUAUAAUUGAAAUCCUCAUUGAAGGGCAGUUCUUUGCAGAAGCAGUUGAGGAACUAAUUUUCCUACAAUCACACUACAUCCCUCCAGUCUAUCUGCUUCAUGCUCUUCUGAGCAACAUGCUGCAGGGUAACGUAAAGACCUUGAUUGAUCGAUACUUCCGUGUUUUGUCAGUUCUUCUGCAUCUUCAUCCUCCUUGGAAGUCUCCUGCCAUGUUGAGUUACUAUCUGAAAUUUUUUCAAUGUCCAAAUUGUAUGAAAGGAACAUGGUCUUUUGUAGAAGUACUUAUCAGUGAAAGUUUUUGUCACCCAGUUCCAGAAGGAGUUGUGUCCAAGAUGCUCAAGCCGUCAUUACUAAAAUUCUUGUUCAAACUAAUGAAAAGUGAAGUCCAGCAUCUGAAUCACAAGUUAUAUGAAGAGGCAGAUUCUCAGAGCCUAAAAGUCCCAGAACAGUCCUUUCUUCUUAAAACCUUCUGGUCUGGAAAUGAAACCUCAGUAUUUUUUACUGAGCCAAUAAUUAAGCUUUUGGAUUGGACUAUAUAUUCUCAAAAAGAAAAAUUCAGAUCUAACAAUGCCUUCAAAAAUGAAAUGGCUUAUCUGCUGAAUGAGAUUCUUGGAGCAGUAGUAGAAUAUUGGAUAUUUCUUGGUCUUAAGAAAGACAAAAAUGUGAUGAAACAUAUGUCUGCUCUAGGAAAUCAUGUUGCUGUUUCUUGUGAUGAUUUUUCUUCAGAGGAGUUAAAGAGUUUCAUUAGUUCCUUAUCUUCAUCCUGGCUUCAGAUGGUCAUUGCAGAGUCAAUUUUUAAAAAGUUAUGUUUACAGAGCUGUAUCAGUAUUUCUCCUGAACCACUCUCUCUUCAGAAAAUGGUAUGUGCUUAUCUGCCUGCGUUGGGAAAAGUUGGUAUGCUUGAAUCAAGAAAGGGGCAGAAACGGAAGAAGUUGGGACAUCGGGUUGGCCCUGACUCUCAGAGGGCCCUGAAGAUUUUAACUGAUGGUGAUCAGAACCAAGCCAAGGUGUUGCCUGAGGCACCUGAGCUGAAGCAUUCUUUGUCAUUAAAAAGGUCGCAAAAGAAAUGGGAAGGAGAAUUGUCAUGUUCCAAAGAGAAUUGCCGCUCUUUGCUUCCAAAAAUGCAUUUUCACAAGACCAAUUUAAGAGGAGAGACAGCCCUGCAUAGAGCUUGCAUAAAUAACCAAGUGGAGAAAUUGAUUCUUCUUCUCUCUUUGCCAGGAACAGAUAUUAAUGUAAAAGACUAUGCUGGCUGGACGCCUUUGCAUGAAGCCUGUAACCAUGGCAACACAGUGUGUGUCCAGGAAAUUUUGCAACGUUGUCCAGAGGUAGAUCUGCUCACUCAAGUGGACGGGGUGACUCCUUUGCAUGAUGCACUGUCAAACGGACAUGUAGAAAUUGGCAAGCUGCUACUCCAGCAUGGGGGCUCCGUACUUCUUCAGCAGAGGACUUCUAAAGGAAAACUGCCUUUGGAUUACGUUCUAGCUCCCCAAAUCAAAGAAGACCUCCUGGCCAUCCUACAAGUCCAAGGUUCCACUGAGGACCUUCAAGCACAAGCAGAGGAACAUUUCUACCAGCAGCAGAUUGAAUUCGGCUCAUUCUUAUUCAGUAGAAUGCUGUUGAAUUUUUGUUCAAUAUUCAACUUGUUUUCAGGCUUCUCUGUUUUUAAGGAGUUAACUCAUCUACAUGAAAGAUUGUUUACUUCUCCUAGGACUUGCAAGGAUGCCACCAGUGUCCAUAUUGACUGGAUUAUGGAUCUCUAUGCUAGAGAUCUUGUGACACUGCAGAAGCUCCCCAGUCUCCUUAAGGAGAUCCCUGAGAACUUGAAAGUGUUUCCUGGAGUUCAGACACAGGCCUUACUAAUGACACUAAAGACUAUGCUAGAGCAGUCAGAGACUUUUCACUAGUUAAUAUUUAUAGACCUUCUAAAAUAGUUUAAAUUCUAUAUUUAUAGACACAAUCUUUGACAUUUUUUGUUUUAGAGGUGCUUAUUAGAUAACUCCUUUUUCAGAAAAAAAGUAUGUUAACUCUGCUCUCCAAAAGAGAAAUGCAAAUUAUUUACAAAUUGAAUAGCAAUUUUAAAAAUUAUAUUGUAUUUUUAAAAAGUUAUUCUUGUUUGUGCUGUAACCCUCUUCAUCUAAAUGCUUAUUAAAACCUAGUGAAAUUAUUUUCUCUCUUCCGUACGUAUCUGAGAGUCCUGGCAGAUAUCAACGCAAUUAUAUACGCAUAUUCACUUUUAAGGACAUCAAUGGGAAAUGUUUUUUUAUUCAGCAUAUUGAUCAUCAGAUCAGAUUCCUUUCAAUUCUGUGUUUUUCCUAAAAUAACUAUUUCUAAAGUUUGCAGCAUAAACUGAUGCUUUAGUGGGAAGAGAAUAAGCCUGAAUCCGUCUGUAUCUCCUGCAUAUGUACACAAGGUGUGUUGCUGCUACAAGUAGGCAAUGAAGCGGUAGAUUAAGUUGAUCCAAGGUCUUUCUGUGCUGUAUGACGACACAGGUUAGAAAUGUUUCCGUUUGAGAUCCUUUCCUUCUAGCGAUUCGUGAUAAAGCUAAAAGUGAAAGCAUGGACGGUCACAGCCACUAGUGGGAAUGUUAUAUUUUUCUACAGCUGGCACAGAGACAUGAAGACUUCCAUUUAGCUUUCAUGCAGCUUCUAUGUAUAACCUCACAGCAAUUAAUCUGCACACUUUGAUUUUUAUCAUAGAAACAGAUCUUUUCACAAGGCAUAGAUACUCAGUGAUCAGUUAGAGAGGUUAUAAUCUCAUUGUCAUUCCCUAUAGUAAUGGAUCAAUUCUGGUUAAAUGCUGUUCUUUUCAUGCUUUUCCUAUGUUAUAUUUAAAAGUUUAUGUUUACACAUAAGCUAGUCUAGGAAAUAUCACGUUUUAAUAUCUGUCAUACUGCAUAGAGAUGUAGUAUGAUAUAAUAAAGUAAGCACUGGACAAGACAUUGGGGAAUCUAAAUUUUAGUCUGGUCCAUACCAGGACUAACAAGCUGGCUGUUGAGCAGGUCAUAUCCUCUCUGUAUCUCAGUGGCCUCAUCAGUAAAAUGUUCAGUUUACUCUAAAUCAUCACUUAUAUUUGUUUUUUUUUCCUCGUACUGUGAUCCUGCCUGAUACACCUCUUUCCUCUUAAUGAACACUACAAAAUAAACUAAAGGAAUGAAAACUGAAUAUGGAGAAGAUAGUUUAUCAAAGUAAGGGAAACAGGGCAAGGCAGAGGAGAUAAAUUUGUGAGUAUAACACAUGCCCUGUCUAGAGUAGUUCAUUUAGACUGUCGUUUUUUUCGUUGUAAUGGGAAAAUAGUGGAUUUUUCUAUACUGAAUCAUCAUGA